AUGACAUGCACGUACUGGACGUCUGACGGAGGAAUUCAACCGCCUGCUGACUCCUGCAAGUCCUGUCAGCAGGGCGGCUUCGACUCGGAGGUGAAAAGGAUGAUACAGCUCUUGGAAGAACAGACGUCGUCCGCCGCGAGAGAUGGAGGAAGACCCUUCGUUGUCCCGCGGAAGGCCACCAAGAAGGAAAACGGCGAGCAAGGCUGCAGCAACACAAGGAAAAACCUCAGGUUGAUGAAGGCGGCCAGCGGGUUGAACCCGCCUCACAAGCCGCCCGCCGCCGACGGCCCGGACGAGGCGGACCGGUGCCCCCCCGAAAGGAAGCCGAGGGAGGCUCCCGCGGACGUGACCCCGGCGAGGCGUCUUCGAGGUGUGAUCGCCGGCAAGGCCCCCAAAAGCUCGGCAAAAUCGCAAAUCGCCAAGAGGUGCAAGUUCAGCGAGAAGAUGAUGUCGGCUUGCCAGGCCUUGAAGACGCACCUGAGCGACGGCAAGCGCUUGCCGAGCAGGGAGCUGCGCGACUGCUCGCAGACGGUCCAGCAGGAGUGGUUCUCCGUGUCCAGCCCCAAGUCGGCCUCGGCCGAUUCCGUGGAGGACUACUUGUCCGGCUUCCGCGUCAUCUCGCCCUCGCUGCUGCGACACGUGGCCAACAUGGCCGACGGCAACGGCAACACGGCGCUGCACUACAGCGUGUCGCACUCCAACUUCGGCGUGGUCCGGAAGCUGCUGGAUGCCGAUGUGUGCGACGCCAACAAGCAGAACAAGGCGGGCUACACGCCCGUCAUGCUAGCCGCGCUGGCCGCCGCGGAGCGGGCCGAGGACAUGACCGUGGUGGAGCGGCUCUUCGAUCGGGGGGACGUCAACGCCAAAGCCAGCCAGGCCGGUCAGACGGCGCUGAUGCUAGCCGUGAGCCACGGCCGCGCGGAGAUGGUCCGGGCGCUGCUGGCCCGCGGCGCCGCGGUCAACGCGCAGGACGACGAGGGCUCCACGGCGCUGAUGUGCGCCAGCGAGCACGGCCACGCCGCCACCGUGAAGCUGCUGCUGGACCGGCCCGACUGUGACGUCGCGCUGACCGACAGCGACGGCAGCACGGCCUUGUCCAUCGCGUUGGAGGCGGGACACGACGACGUCGCCGUGCUUCUCUACGCUCACGCCAACUUCUCCAAAGGACACGCCGAGGCUCCUCAAUGUGGAAGGUCGUGAUUUGUUUCCCGUGGAUGAAAUCACUGCAACCUGCAAUUUUUUUUUUCAUUUUACCAUUCAAAUAUUUCAUUUUGUGGCGUCUUGAGCGCUUAAACAGCGCUCAUAAGUGUCGCUAAAGCCAUCUUUUAUGACAUAAUAUCAACAAUCUGCCAUCAUUUGUGAUUCACGCUCAUGAACUUUCAUGAACGUUGCAUAAAAGUAAACACCCGCCAAGUGCCGUUCGCAGAUUUCCUAUUUGCAGAUUUUUGUGUGUGUGGGGGGGGGGGCGGGGGGGCUAUCCCCCAUUAUUGGUGCUAUUUUCCUCCAAUAUUAUUACAUUUUUUUGAUAUUUGAAAAAAAUAUGAGCGUAAAUAAUUAGUGAACUAUCACUCUUGUUGGUGGCGCCUGGUUCCAAUCACCCCCCCCCCCCCCGCCAGCAGAAGGACUAAAAAUAAUCCGCAAAGUCAUAAAACAAAA